UGGCUUUCUAAAUACUACUUAAUGUGCUAACGUUUGUGACAAUCAUUUAGAAAAAUAAAUAACAUAAUAUGCUAGAAAUCCACAUAAUUCCCAAAUACACGGUAUUAGGCAACACACGGAAUUGAGCAGGUCACGGUAUAGUUCCCAGUUUGACCAUCGGAGAUUUUUAAAAUUCAAAUUUUGCAAAGUCUCAUCGAAGAUGAGCCUCGAAAAUGCCUCUCAUCUAAAACGGAUUUUUAUCUUAAUCUAUGCGAGAUACCUAUAUACCACAUAAUGCACCCUACUUACGAAGUUAGAUAAUAUGUACCUCGUUGUAAGAAAAAUAUUCAUUCUUCGCGAAAAGCAAUUGACUACCACACCGACAUCAGGCACCGAAGUAAUUCCCGCAAUCUCUGAAGUAACACAUGACAUCAAACUUCAUGAACUAACAUGUAUCACUUGAUUCUAGAUAUCCAAUUCGGCAUAAAGAAUCCCAACCCACCAGAGUCAGUCUGCAGCCGGCCUUGUGAACGAGGCCAAGCGAAAAAAUAUGUUGAAGGUGAAGGCUGCUGUUGGCACUGUUUCAACUGCUCUCAGUAUCAGAUACGAAAUCCCGCUGAUGAAACACACUGUAUAAACUGCCCCAGAGGAACCAUACCGGAUAUUUACCAUGAAAACUGUCAGCACAUUCCAGAGGACUAUCUGAAACCGGAGUCACCCUACGCCAUAGGGGCAAUGUCGUUCAGCAGCCUCGGAAUCGUGAUGACACUUUUCGUAGUUGGAGUUUUCCUGAAAAACAACGAUACCCCUAUUGUUAGAGCGUCAGGUAGGGAGUUAAGUUAUGUAUUGUUGAGCGGAAUACUCUUAUGCUACGGUGUCACGUACGCCCUGGUUUUCAAACCGAACGAUAUUGUCUGUGGUGUGCAAAGAUUUUGGUCCGGCUUUUCGUUCACUGUAGUUUACGCAGCGCUUUUGACCAAAACUAACCGGAUUGCACGAAUAUUCAAUGCAAGCACCAAAUCCGCAAAGCGACCUUCCUUCAUUAGUCCCCACUCACAAUUAGUUAUAUGUGGCAUACUCAUAUCGUUUCAGAUAUUGAUCAAUGCCGUUUGGAUGGUUGUUUCGCCGGCCCACGCCAUGCAUCACUAUCCUACGAGGGAAGAUAACCUACUGGUUUGCAAUUCGUAUGCCGAUGCAUCGUAUAUGGUUGCGUUUUUUUAUCCCAUAUUCCUGAUCAUAGUUUGCACCGUGUAUGCCGUGCUCACUAGAAAAACACCAGAGGCUUUCAACGAGUCGAAAUACAUAGGCUUCACAAUGUACACCACCUGUGUUAUCUGGUUGGCCUUCAUUCCGUUGUACUUCGGAACGGGAAACAAUGUACAACUUCGUAUAGCAUCCAUGUCCGUAACGAUAAGCCUCUCUGCAACAGUUACCCUUGUUUGCUUGUUCUCCCCUAAGUUGUACAUUAUCCUGAUUCGACCCGAGCGUAACAUACGACAAAGUAUGAUGCCAAUACGAUACAGCACCAUCAAUAAAACAACCGGAUCGGCACAGUCGUCGGUGAUGGCAGCAGUGAUAGUUACCGCAGCAACAUGCAAUGAAAACGAAAAAGUGAUAAAAAAUGUUUCAAACGAAAAUAUUACAGGCGCGUACUAGGAAACUACAAUAAAACAAAGCAUUGCACUUUAAGAACAAAACAGGGCCAUAAAUUCGAUACAAAAAACAGCGAGGAAGAAAAAAAAAAACGACAAGAGUUAUUUUAAAAUGAUGUAUGCCUGGUCAUACAAAGAGAGUAAAAUUGACUACCGAAA